CAGUAUGUCCUCUAUCUCUGACAUCGUGGAAGAAAAAAACUGAAGAGCAUCUAUUGGUUUAAACUCCUCAGCACCCAAUUCUUCUUUCGUUUCGUCUCAAUUCUUCAAUCCCACACCGAAUCUAUAAAGCAGCCAAUCAAAAGAUGUCGCUGAUUCCAAGCUUCUUUGGUGACCGAGGACGAAGCAACGUCUUUGAUCCCUUCUCUCUCGACCUCUGGGACCCCUUCAGGGACUCUCCUUUCCGUUCUGCACUUUCUACCUAUUUUCCCGAUUCUUCCCUGGAAACUUCGGCUUUUGUGAGCACCCGGAUCGACUGGAAGGAGACCCCAGAAGCCCAUGUGCUCAAGGCCGAUCUUCCGGGGCUCAGGAAAGAGGAAGUGAAGGUCGAGGUUGAAGACGACAGAGUGCUUCAGAUAAGCGGAGAGAGGAACGUGGAGAAGGAAGACAAGAACGACACUUGGCAUAGGGUGGAGCGUAGCAGCGGCAAGUUCUUGCGGAGAUUCAGGCUGCCGGAGAACGCCAAGAUGGAUCAGAUUAAUGCUGCUAUGGAGAAUGGGGUCCUCACUGUCACGGUCCCCAAGGUGGAGGGGGCCAAGAAGCCUGAUGUCAAGGCUAUCGAAAUUUCGGGCUGAAUUUAAAUCAGUCUUGAGUCAUCUCUCCAAUGCGACAUGUCGUCUAGCUACAUAGCAGUAUAGUUUUUGUAUAACGAGUCUAAUAAGCGUCCGUGUGAUAUUAUUGUCUCUAAUAAUGGUUGUGUGUUUGAGUAUGUGUGGAGAUAAUGUUUUGAGUAUGUGUGGAGAUAAUUCCAGUGCUUGAUGAUGGAAUUAACGUUCUAAUAAUAAAGUUGCUAUGUUUUUGCAAUGUAA